AGUAAACUGACCCAGAGUGUGUUGUGUGAUUAAACGGAUGGACUGCAGUGAUCUGAGGCGAGCUUCACCUCUUCUUUCACAAAUCUCGACGAUAUUGGAUCAUAAUAAGAAAAAUAGUGCGUAGUGUGUUGGACGGAAGAAAAUGUUCUACUUACGUUACUGUCCUUAACUUCACCACAGCCAGUUUACAGUUUUGUGCGCACCGGUGUUCAUAAAAGGUUUCUAUAAUUCUACUGAGGGGUUUCUCCCUGCAGAGCUGCAGCCAUGCAGCAGGAGCUCCUGUUCAAAGUCCUGGUCAUCGGGGACCUGGGAGUCGGGAAAACGUCCAUCAUCAAGCGGUACGUGCACCAGAUCUUCUCCCAGCACUACCGAGCCACCAUCGGGGUGGACUUCGCCCUGAAGGUGCUCCAGUGGGACGAUGACACUGUGAUCCGGCUGCAGCUGUGGGACAUAGCAGGACAGGAGCGUUAUGGGAACAUGACUCGUGUCUACUACCGGGAGGCGGUGGGAGCUCUGGUGGUGUUUGACGUGACGAGGGCCUCCACGUUUGACGCAGUGCUGAAGUGGAAGGAUGAUCUGGACUCCAAGGUGACCCUGAACCACGGGAGGCCAGUUCCAGCUGUACUCUUGGCAAAUAAGGCGGACCAGCUGUCUUCCCAGUCGCCUAAACUCGACUCCUUCUGCAGGGAGAAUGGCUUCGUUGGCUGGUUCGAGACCUCUGCAAAGGAGAACGCAAACAUUGACGAGGCGACGCGCUGCUUGGUUGGGCACAUCCUGAACAACGAGGAGAGCCCGCUGGUGGAGCGAGACCCCAGCUCCCUCGUCCUGUCUGGAUACACCAGCACCACCAAGGAUCAUUUCAACUGCUCGUCGUGUGUGAAAUGGUGACUUCUGACCAAUCACAGGCAACCAGGAAGUAAACAGCUGUGAGGCCAUGACCACGGAGAGAAGUUUGGCUCAGGGACUGCUUGUAAAAAAAAAACUGCCUUAGCCCAUGUGAUUAAUGAAGGAAAAUGUAAAACAGGUGAAGCUUUGUACCGAUGUCGAUGGGCUGUGUUCACACUGCAGGCCAACGUGAUAUCAGGAGCAUAAAAGAUUAGGUAUUGAUUUUUUUGUUGUUAUUGUUGUUCCUGCAGAUUCUUAAAAAGGUUUGGUUUUUAAUAUUAAGGUAAAUGUUUUUUUGUAAUUUAGUUCUAGGCUAUGAUUCAUGCUUCACAACCACAAAAAACUCCAGUUUUGUUUAUUUCAUCCUUUUACCCACAGGAACUGCACUAUUAUUUUUGCUUUUGGAGGUAUUAAAAGAGUCUUUUAAGUAAUUAUAUUUAUACACGAAAACUGCAAGAUUUGCUCAUUCUACGAUGUAACCCAUAUCUAGUAUCAGUAUAAACCUACAGUGCCUGAUGUGUCCACUUUUUGUACUUCUGCGUCUUUUGCUUGCAUUACACGUAUUUGACAUUGUGCCUCUGACAUGUAGCUGAACUGACAGCUCCUUAAACUUUCAUCUGCAGUGUGAACACAGACAGACAAAAAAAAAUGGAGCCUUUCCCUCAGUCCACCAUCAUCCAGUAUAUGGAAACAGUCAAAACUGCAAAUGCUGAAAAUGUCCCAUAUUUCACACAUAUUGUGGACCUAAUAUAUGAGUGCUGACAGUACCACAAA